AUGAACAGAAACAUGCAUCUGCCUCCUUGUCCUCUCUCUCUCUCUCUCCUCUCUCCGGCACAUAUCAUUUGA